AUGUUUAGCGCAUCAGCAGCAAUUGAUCAUCUGAACAAGCGUGAAAAUAAUACAAUUACGAUAUAUCACCAAACAUGGGCUAUUCGUCUGCUCAAUGAACGUCUUAAUAUGGACCCCCCAGCUUUAGAUUAUGCUUAUCCGCUAUUUCACGCCGUUACUGAUAAAGAUGUAGAUGGUAUCGUUGGACAGAGCUUCGGCGAUAGCCCAUCAGAAGGGCUUGAUAAAAAUGCUGCUCUUGACACCGAAGCCACUGAGGGAUGGAAUAGGACCGCUACUUGGUAUUAUAAAACUAACCAUGCUCUCUCUCGCCUGCGUAUUCGACAUGCCCCCCGUCUGGGAUUGUCUACUGUCGGAUUCAGUUCGUCCAAGUUCCAUCCUCCGCAAUCUCAUCACUAG